GUGGUGUGUAAGACGGAGUCGAGAACGGAUUCACAAGAAUAAAAAAAAAACUGAAAAAAAAUUGUGACUUGGAAACAUGUCUCUUCUAAAGCAGACUCUUUGUACUGGCGUAGUAUGCUGGCUAUGCAUGAGCAUGGGAGUGACAUUCACCUGGCCAUCGUCAACGCUCCUGCUGUUCCGUUCUGAGAACACUACACUCCACCGGCCUAUGACAGAGGCCGAACAGGCUCUCUUCGGUAGCCUGUCUUCCAUUGGAGCCCUAAUAUCCACGCCGGCCGCUGGAUUCUUACUGGAUAUCAUUGGACGGAAAUACACCUCCAUACUUUUCUCGUUAAUGCAUGUGAUAUGCUGGGCUAUGGUGAUAUCUUCAAACCGAGUAGAAGUCAUCCUGACUGCCAUCUUUGUGUCUGGUAUCGGAGGGGCCGCAUUCCUCGUGGUUCCGGUGUACAUCGCUGAAUUCUGUGAAGACUCCCUCAGAGGAGGCAUGACUUCAGGAGCCAUGAUAUUCUACGCUGUGGGGAUGAUCAUCUCUUACGCUAUAGGCGGCUGGAUGGAUUAUUACCCUAUGGUCUAUGUAUGCGUCUCUAUUGCCGUGGUUGGAGUUACCCUCUUAAGUUUGUUGAAGGAGACGCCAGUGUUUUUAAUGAUGAAGGGAAGGGAAGAGGAAGCCAGAGAGUCUUUGGCGUUCUACAGAAAUAAGAAGAAACAGUCCAAAGCGAUUACUCAAGAAAUUGAGACUAUCCGCCGGACAUUAAACCCAGAUUUGGAUUCUCCAGAUACUCCUGAAGAAGAAGAGCUAAAGCUGAAGCCAGAAACCAAACGCGUAAAAACCAAAGAGAAACUGUCCAUAAUUCAGUUUAUUAAAAAAUCCUACUCGACCCGUCGAGCGCUCUGCGUGAUCUUGGUACUUAUGACCGCGUCCGUCUUCCAAGGCCUAGUGGCAGUUCAAGUCUACGCCGAGCCACUCUUCGCAGAAGCCAUACCUAGCAUGUCUGCUACCGUCUCUAGUGUGCUGUCUUCAAUCAUUACUGUUGUUGCUGGGCUGACGACGGCGUAUCUGACGGAUAUUGCUGGAAGAAAGCCUCUCAUGAUCUGGUCAUCCGUUGCAUCAGGCGCCUGCUGCUUACUCCUGGGAUCCCAGAUUCACAUGCACUGGGCCCCACACAGUGUCACUGCUGUCUUCAUCUUCUCCUUCUGUAUAGUGUACACGCUUGGUGCUGGCACCAUUCCUUAUAUCUUGAGCCCGGAGGUGUUCUUGCCUGAGGUCAGAAGCUUAGUCUCCAUGCUGGUAAUCGAGUGGUCCUGGCUAUGUAACUUCAUCAUUCUCCUGAUCUUCAAUCCUCUAGUCACGGCCAUCGGGUUAGGACCCGUCUUCUACAUCUUUGCCGUGGUCUGUUUCUUCUCAGCGGUCUUCACGCAUUUCUUCUUGCCGGAGACGAAAGGGUUGCCCGUCGAUGCCGUGCAGUUGCUGUUUAGUAAGAAGAGAAGGCCGGUGCCCAUGCAUGCGUAGAAUAAAUAUUUUCUAAGGAUUA